AUGGCUGGCGUCUUCUCGACCCAGCAACGCGUGAUGGAGGACACGACCAUGAGUGUGACAGAUACAGAAGACACCCGUAUGGGGAGCGAAGAGCAGUACUACGACCCCAUGGAUAUCAGCCCUCUUCCCUCAAACGAGCAGUCACGGCACAUCGCCCCGCCCAUAGGCAUGACCUCCGACCAGAACGUCUCCAGGCCUGAUUACUGGGUUCAUUUUACUCCUCCAAAGAGUGGUGGUGUGCCCAAAGCCACCAGACUCGACGGAAAGCCGGUGACACGAGCUCCAAUCAUCAGACCUUUGACGCGAUUCUCACCGCAGGCGCGAAUUGACCCAUCGACCGGCCGCUUCAAGCAGCAGUUCAUCGCGCAGCCUUUCCUCCGAAAUACUCUUGCUACGAACAACGUAAUCGGCCAUUUGUAUAACAAAGCAAAUACAUUCACCUCGACCAACAGAUACAGCUCUCAUUCGAACGACAUAUUCAAGUCCCUGUCUCAUAAGCCAGUGACCAUUGGAACAAGCGUUCCCACCACACGUGAUUCAUCUUUCAAUAGCCUUUUGACCACCAGGUCCAUUUGGGACCGCAAAACUCCUAGCUUUGAGUCGAACACGUCGAUUACUACCGCGACUUCGUUCAACUCUCGCAAGAGAUCUGUCGAUGAUGGCUUCAAUGAACCGACUGACCGUACUACCGCCGAGACGGAUAGUCCGUCGAACAAAUAUCGACGGGUUAGCGAGGAAGGAUUCCCAAAUUCCGCUAUUACAAGUCAAGAAGACACCCAGAGAGCCGAAGCGCCAUCAACCAAAGCUGCAUAUCCGAUCCAGGAACAACCUACCGUGCCGACCGCUACCUUUCCCGUCCGCCGCGAUGCUUCUACGCAAUUUCAAUAUUUGACCGCUCCUAUCGCUUUCGCGGUCGACAGUCAUUUGCCUACUUGCACAAACGUUACUGACCAGAUUGGUCAUCCCGGCAGUGCUGAUGUCCUUAUUCCUGGUGGAUGGCCUGAGCAGCCUUCUCAUGAUAAUUUAUCUGCCACUGCAGCACUCGGUACGGGUUCCGUCACUGAUGUAUUGCGCUUAGGGGAAGAGCCUCUCAUGACGGGUGCACUUUACGUACCAUCUCCUACCACCUCUCUUCCUGACUCCAGUGGCUCAAACAACGCUGCUGCUGAUGAAUCUGGCAAUGCGGGCGAUCAGCGGAUGCAAGCAGUUGAUACACUUGACAGUGACCUCUACAAUAGGCAGAUUCCGCAUAUGCUACGCCCAUACUGGGCAACAUGUUACACCAUUGUUCAAGGCGCCUACGCUGCGUCCGGAACUGUCAAGAACGUUCUUACCAAAACUUGGAAUAUGAUAGGGCAGCCCGUGAUUGACUACGUACAACGUCGUCGCCGUCCGCAGCCUUCCAGCCGCUCUUCAGGCCUCAGAGCUUCUCCGUCACGAGUUGCAGCACUUCGUCGCCUCCCCGAGGAACAGAGACGCAUGAUUAGAGACCACGAAAGACGCAGACAGAGAGGUUAUCCCGCAGUACAGAAUCUUCCUUUUCCAGAUUUGACUCUGGACAUUCCACAAUCUCCGACUACUGGAUCUUCAUCUUUCAUGGGGAUGCCAAAUGAUUUUUUCUUCAUGUCACACGCCGCAAACUCUGCGAGAGAUCCUCGAAGGCGUGGCAGCCGAUCUCCUGAGAGUACAGGGAACCACUGGGCUAAUAGUGGAAUUAAGAAACCGAUAGGCGUCCAGAAGUCUCCGCAGGUCAAGUCUAUGAGCCCCAAUCUGAAACGCCGGUUGUGGCCAGGCAGAAACCUGGAGCGUGGCAAACGCGAACUUGCGCUACAAAAAGCAUGGAAAACCGGGGACUUCAGCGAAGUGUUGAAGGACCAGGGACCUCGCGUAUCCACCCACAUUGGACUUUCCGAACGCACCGAACGUCUAGGCGAGCCCGCGCCAAAAGAGGGGGCGAAGCCGAAACAGAAGAAGCGAGUGCGCUUCAAGGAUCCGAUUGAACAGUUUAUCCCGGAACCUACUCUCCCUGACCUUGCGCCAUACCUCCAUCCCACGUCCCCCAAUGUCGACCGCGUUAGUUCUAAAAAGGCGCCCAACGAACAGAAGGAGAAUGUCCCGCCAGUUGCUAGUUCGGCGGUAAAAACCGAGAUUGAAGAUGAGCAGGUUGGACUCGGCGGACAUUGGUGGGAAGAACAGAUUGAGCAUCCACUUGGACGACCCGUCUCGGCUGUGAGCCUGUUUUACCCCGAGGUGAAGCCGCUUCCGCCCGGCCGGACGGCGUCUGUCUAUGCUGAGGAGUGGAAAAAGAUCGAAGAGGAGGAGAAGCGCAAGCAAAGCCCCGCUCGAGUUCGUGUUGAAGGCCCAGCUGUACGUCCUCUCUCAGGGGAGUGGAUGAGCCGAGUAUCCAACGCCAUGGCCACAAACAGCAACCGCCGCAUCGCCACUACUCUGGCUGGGGACCCACUGACGAAGAAGGAUCUAUCUACGUGUUUUACUCCCAUGGCGUGGCUGAACGAUGAGGUUAUCAACUCGUACCUUGCUCUAAUCGUUGACUAUCUGCGCCGCACGAAUCACAACAACGGCCGUAGCGACAAACCCCGGUUCCACGCUUUCAAUACUUUCUUUUUCUCCAACAUGCGCGACAAAGGCUACCAGUCUGUCCGACGCUGGGCGAAUCGUGCCAAGAUUGGCGGCGCAUCUCUUCUUGACGUGGAUACCGUGUUUGUCCCAGUGCACAACAGUGCACACUGGACACUUAUCGUGAUCAAGCCGUUGGAACGCACCAUCGAGCAUUUCGACUCGUUGGGCUCACUCUCGCACCGGCAUGUGGGGGUGAUGAAGGACUGGCUCCGUAACGAAUUGGGCCCUCGUUACGUUGAGGAGGAAUGGCGCGUCCUACCGUCUGUCUCUCCUCAGCAAGACAACGGUAGUGACUGCGGGGUGUUCCUUUUAUCUACCGCAAAAGCGGUGGCCAUCGGCAUCGAGCCACUAUCCUAUUGCGCGCGGGACAUUGUCCUGCUGCGCAAGAAGAUAGUGGCCGAGCUGAUGGCCGGGGGGCUGGAGGGGGAUUUCGAUCCGGCCUCCGGCGGGGAGGUGUUGCUCUAG